UCAGCAUCACCGUCGUCAUCCAGACCCAGAAUCCAGAUAUAGAAAGAUAGAUAGAUAGAUACACAAAAACCCAGAAGCAGAGACUGCUUCGAGUUUCGGUUUCCGUUGGGUUCGUGGGGGUCGAAGGAAUGGAGGGUCUGUCUCUGGUCCGACCCUUUUGCUGCUCGAAUGCGUCGGCCGUGUCUCCUGCGCGGGCACGACCCUUUCUUCGUCCUCCUCGCCUUCACCAUCUUCCAAUGCCUCGUCUCCUGCCGCCUCCUUCUCGCUCCCGUUCAGUCGGGUCGGUGGUGUGCUCGACCUCCAAUGACCAGCUCAGUCAGAGCGUUGGAGCCGACUCAAGAGACUGGGCAAUGCAAGAUUUCUACUCCUUGAGAAGAGAGGUGGAAGCUGCAUCAGCCCGUGUUGAGGAUAUCAGAGCGUCCGCGGGGCUCCAACAGUUGGAGAAAGAACUGGCGGGUUUGGAGCUUAAAGCAUCUGAUGCCUCCUUCUGGGACGACCGUGCUAAAGCUCAGCAAACCCUCUUGGCAUUGACUGAUGUCAAAGACAAGCUCAGGCUACUCUCUGACUUCAAAAAUCAGGUUGAAGAGGCAGAAACUAUAGUCAUGUUAACCGAGGAAAUGGACUCUAAAGAUACGGGACUUCUUGAAGAGGCUGCCGGUAUUAUCAAACAGCUGAACAAGGCAUUGGAUCUCUUUGAGUUAACUGAGCUCCUCUCUGGUCCCUACGACAAAGAAGGUGCUGUUGUUAAUAUAACAGCUGGUGCAGGUGGUACUGAUGCACAGGAUUGGGCUGACAUGCUUCUCAGGAUGUAUGUGAGAUGGGGAGAGAAACAGAGAUAUAAAACAAGAGUGGUUGAGAAAUCCAUGGGAGAGGAAGCUGGGAUCAAGUCAGCAACACUUGAAGUGGAAGGGCGCUAUGCAUAUGGAUAUUUAUCUGGUGAAAAGGGGACUCACAGGAUCGUCCGACAAUCUCCAUUCAAUGCAAAAGGUCUUCGUCAGACUAGCUUUUCUGGUGUUGAAGUCAUGCCUCUUCUUCCUGAAGAAUCUCUAAAUGUUGAAAUUCCGGAGGAAGAUUUGGAAAUUAGUUUUUCAAGAGCAGGAGGGAAAGGUGGCCAGAAUGUGAACAAGGUAGAAACGGCAGUGCGGAUCACUCACAUUCCCACUGGGGUCACUGUUCGCUGUACAGAGGAGAGAUCCCAGCUAUCAAACAAGAUCAAAGCGCUCAGCCGAUUGAAAGCGAAGCUACUUGUCAUAGCAGAAGAACAGAGAGCAUCUGAAAUCAAGCAAAUACGGGGGGAUGCUGUCAAGGCCGAGUGGGGCCAGCAAAUUCGAAACUACGUAUUCCAUCCCUACAAACUCGUCAAGGACGUGAGGACGGGGUACGAGACGUCGGAUAUCACAUCUGUAAUGGACGGUGAGUUAGAUCCGUUCAUUAAAACAUACCUCAAAUACAAGUACAGUAUGUCGGUGUCGGCAAAAUGAAGCUGGUCAGUAGGCUGUUUCAAUAUGCUGCUCGAGUUGGCCGGUUGGGUGCUUACCAUUACAUUUGUUAAAAGUGUAACGUAGCAAAUGAAGAUGGUCCAUAGGGCGUUCUUGAUAUGAGAUCCAUUUUUUUGAAGAAGAGGCAUUUUGUGUCAUGGAACUUUCCCCGCUGAGAAUGUAUAUAUUAUACGUAAGACGUUAUUUGGGCGAUACCUUCUUAGGA